CGUGCGCCGCGCUGAUUCGUUUUGUUUUCCAUUAAAAUGACUAAAAAACAGGCAAUAAAACGUAAAGUGAAGGAACCUGAGCCCACAAAUGAACAAUCUUCAGCUUCUGAGCCGUCUGACAAUGAAGAGGAUGAAGACCUGCUGCAAGCUGUAAAAGAUCCUGGUGAGGAUACCACUGAUGAUGAGGGCAUAGAUCAGGAAUAUCAAUCGGACAGCAGCGAAGAUCUGGAGUUUGAGAGCGACGAAGAAGGCAACUAUUUGGGCAGAAAAGCGAACAACGAGGCAGAGGACGAUGCAGAGGAAGAUGAAGACGACGACGACGAGGAAGAUGAGGACUCCGAUGAAGCUAGCGAGGAUAACGAUGAUGCCAAAGAGGAGAAGCCCAGCAGCAGUAAGACAGCGGCUGGCCAGACAAAAGUGGAGCCCAUCAUUCAGAUAAUUCCGCGUGAUCCUUCAAAGCCCGAGUAUGAGGACUCGGACACUUCUGAUGAGGAGGAUAUACGCAAUACAGUGGGCAACAUACCCAUGCACUGGUACGACGAGUACAAGCACAUUGGCUACGACUGGGAUGCCAAGAAAAUUGUUAAGCCGCCAAAGGGCGAUCAAAUCGAUGACUUUUUGCGCAAGAUCGAGGAUCCGAAUUUCUGGCGCACCGUCAAGGAUCCGCAGACCGGCCAGGAAGUGUUGCUGACCGACGAGGAUAUAGCUCUGAUUAAGCGUGUCAACUCGGGACGCAUACCCAAUGCCGAGCACGAUGAGUACGCGCCAUGGAUCGAGUGGUUCACAUCGGAGGUGGAGAAAAUGCCCAUCAAGAAUGUGCCCGAUCACAAGCGUUCUUUCCUGCCGUCGGUGUCGGAAAAGAAGAAGGUAUCGCGCAUGGUGCAUGCCCUCAAAAUGGGCUGGAUGAAGACCACCGAGGAGGUGGAGCGCGAAAAGCAAAAGAAGCGCGGUCCAAAGUUCUAUAUGCUAUGGGAAACGGACACCGGCCGGGAGAGUAUGCGUCGCAUACACGAUCCCGUCUCGGCGCCCAAGCGUGAUCUGCCCGGCCAUGCCGAAUCCUAUAAUCCACCGCCCGAGUAUCUGUUCGACGAGAAGGAGACCAAGGAGUGGCUCAAGCAAAAGGAUGAGCCGCACAAGCGCAAGCUGCACUUCAUGCCACAGAAAUUCAAAUCUCUGCGCGAGGUGCCCGCCUAUUCCCGCUAUCUGCGGGAGCGCUUCCUGCGCUGCCUCGAUCUGUACUUGUGUCCGCGUGCCAAGCGCGUCAAGCUGAACAUUGAUGCCGAGUAUCUGAUACCCAAGCUGCCUUCGCCACGCGAUCUGCAGCCGUUCCCCACGGUCGAGAGUCUCGUCUAUCGCGGCCACACAGAUCUGGUGCGUUCCGUCAGCGUGGAGCCCAAGGGCGAGUACAUGGCCUCCGGCUCCGAUGACAAGACGGUCAAGAUUUGGGAAAUUGCCACGGGUCGUUGCAUCCGCACCAUCGAGACAAACGACGUGGUACGCUGCGUGGCGUGGUGUCCCAAUGCCAAGCUAUCUAUUAUUGCGGUGGCCACCGGCAGUCGCUUGCUGCUCAUCAAUCCCAAGGUGGGCGACAAGCUGCUGAUCAAGAAAACGGAUGAUCUGCUCGCCGAAUCGCCCAGCCUGGAUGUCAUUGAUAACGAGCGCAUCAAGACGGCCGUUCAGUGGUCCAAUGCGGAGCCCGAGGAGCAGGAGAAGGGCGUGCGUGUGGUCAUCACACACUUUAAGCCUAUACGCCAGGUCACCUGGCAUGGUCGCGGCGAUUAUCUGGCCACCGUCAUGCCCGAGGGCGCCAAUCGUUCGGCGCUCAUACACCAGCUCUCCAAGCGACGCUCGCAAAUACCCUUCUCCAAGAGCAAGGGCCUUAUCCAGUGCGUGCUCUUCCAUCCAGUCAAACCGUGCUUCUUCGUGGCGACCCAACACAAUAUACGCAUCUACGAUCUGGUCAAGCAGGAGCUGAUCAAGAAGCUGCUAACCAACUCCAAGUGGAUAUCGGGCAUGUCCAUACAUCCCAAGGGCGACAAUCUGCUGGUCUCCACCUAUGACAAGAAGAUGCUUUGGUUCGAUCUGGAUCUGUCCACGAAACCAUAUCAGACAAUGCGUUUGCAUCGCAAUGCCGUGCGCAGCGUGGCCUUCCAUUUGCGCUAUCCUCUCUUCGCAUCGGGCAGCGAUGACCAGGCGGUCAUUGUCUCCCAUGGCAUGGUCUACAAUGAUCUGUUGCAAAAUCCCUUGAUUGUGCCGCUCAAGAAGCUGCAGACGCACGAGAAACGCGACGAGUUCGGCGUCCUGGAUGUUAGCUGGCAUCCGGUGCAGCCUUGGGUCUUCUCCACAGGCGCCGACUGCACAAUCAGGCUCUAUACGUGAAGAGUGCAGCUUGUUGCACAUUUAGUUUUAAGCGCUCAAUUUGUAUGUGAAAGUUGAGAUAGUGAACAAUAUAUCUUAUUGAAUGAUA